AUGAGGACAAGGGUGGCCGCCGCUCUGCAGAAGAUGCUGAUGUUCCAGGACGUGAGGGCAAGCGUGAUGGACGCCACCCCUUCGGUCGUGGCGCCCCUGGUGGGUCUCCUCCAGCAUCCGAAGGGGGCGUCGUCGAAGCCACCGGGGCGGGGGUUACCCGAGCAAAGCGGGUCGAUAAGACGGGAGGGUAAACAAGGGCAUCCACAGGAAAAGAAGAAGCACCACCGGGGAGUUUCAGUUCGACGUGCGGGAGCGGGGGACGCAGUUUGUGGAGAGGAAGAGUCUCGGAACCCGACCGAAACUCUGACCAGUAAGGCUCCCCUACACGCGGCCGCAUGCCUCCGUGUGCUGGCCCUGAGCGAGGGCUUUCCAGAGAUCAUGGCAUCGGCUUCGGCCGUCCCGGCGCUGGUAGACGGGUUCAAGAGCGGUUCACCCCUCAUGAAGAGCGUCUGUGGAGGUGCUACCUGCGCAUUUCUCGGUUUCUUUGACUGCACACAUACAGCAUGCCUGACCUGUAAAGUCAAUUUUUUGGCCCUCCAUACCUUCCCUUCCUAUUUCAUCGGCCAAAUUUCACACGCUGCCCGGUUUAGACUCCUCCGGUCCUGCGUCGGUGGUCGAUCGCAAUCGUUCCGUGCUUCGGCCUGUAUCCCCGUAGGAUGUCUGGCCAGCCUGGCGCCCUGCGACGAGGAGUGUUGCAUGGAGAUGAUAGACUUCGGGGUGUUGCCGACCCUGCUCGGCUUCGUUCGGAACAGAGACCCACUUUUCGAGCUUACCGCUUGGAGAGUGCUGGCGGCCAUCAUGCGGGUUCGAGAGGCACGCGAAGCAUUCGUCAAGGCCGGGGGGACGGAGCUCCUGGAAGGCGUGCUGACAAGGGUUUUCUUGAAGCUAUGCGAAGAAGAGGAAAUAGAUCAAGACGAACGCGACAAAGAGCAGGAAAAAAACAACGGCGGCAGAGGUGACUCCAAAGCUAUCAGCCCGACAAUCCCGUCCAUGCUCCUGCUCGACGACAACAGAAGCAACGCCAGCGGCAGCAGUGGACAUCGCCGCAACGACGACAGCGGCAACAGUACCGACAAAGGCAACGCCGAAAGAAGAGACUUGAGGAAAUUCGGGAAGGGGGGAAGGGCAGGCGAGACAGACAAGAUCAAGCGGUUGCCAACAUCAUCGUCCGUCCCUGAUAGAAGCGGUUGCAACAGCGACGGCGAGGGCGGGGAUCAAUCGUCCGCAUCCCCUCGUCUCGAAACCAUGGGCGACUUCGUGUCGAAAGAGGGGGUAUUUCGCGGCCUCUUGAGGCAGAUGAAGGGGGGCACACAGGUCUCCAUGAAGACAUCGGUAGAGGUGCUGAAGGUGACGUGGAGGGCUUGUUCCAGCAGACAGGUGGACUCGACGAUGCCCCUGGUGCUCGAGAUGCUGGCGUCCGAUACAUGGAUGCUCAAGUCCGCGGCCGCUCAGGUGGUUUUGCACGUGUACCAGGAAGACGAUCAGCGACUGAGGUGCGCCGCGUCCGGUGGGGUGAAGUCACUCAUCGACACGAUUCGUACAAAAGCGCCACAGAUGCAGGCGGGCACCUUGGCCGCCCUGCUGAGCCUGUGCGAGCAUCCCGACGUGCCGGCGGUGGUAGCCGCGGCGGGAGGUUUGGAAGUCCUGGCGGAGUAUCUCACCACAGCACGAGACACAACCACCAGCGAGCACGUCUUGGGCGCGAGCGACGAGAUCGACGAGUUCGUGCGAGCGUUCGUGGAGAAGAGGAAGGCUUCGGACUACCUUCCAGUCGGGGUGGCGAACGUGUGUCGCUUUGCGGCGAAGGACAUCGCAGAGUACAAGUUAACCUUCAAGGAGGUGGACUCAAGAAAAAAGACUGUCAAGAGCGUCCUACUCGCCGUCGACAAAAACAACAGACGAAACAAAGAUUCCGAAUUACUCGUCGACGACCGCAGCGGCAUGGUUGAGUUUGACGAGUUUCUGGACAUCAUGUGGGAUAUCAAGCACGCCAAGGGGAAAGCACGAGGUCUCCUAUUCGGCCGAGCGGGCAUAUUUCUGGAGGGGACGUUCGCUGCGGCGCAGGCGGCGCAUCGUGGCAAGACACCGCGCCGACAGCAGGUGAAAACUUCCACCUCUGUCGGGGAGGGCGAAGAUAAAGUCCCUUCUGCCACACGAACAAGAAGCCGACAGGAACGCUUAGACACUUCCAACACGACCGCCACCUCAAUAGCGACAAUGGAAGAAGGCCAGCAGCACGGCCAAGAGGAUCUGCUGCAAGAUCGCCAGCAGGCAGCGCCGGCGGCGGCAGUGAAGACGACGAGCGUCGCUGGCACGAUCGUAGCCCGAGGAAAGGAGGCCACGCUCUCCUUCCUCCCCAAGAUAACUGUCAAGAAAAUGACGUGGAAAGGAUUCUCAUAA